GACACGUGACACCCACUCCAGUAGGAGGAGGAACCGGAAGUGUUUACUGUGGAUGGGGAAAGAAGGUAAAAAGCAUAACAGUGGGUUAUUAGAGAAGCAGGAGGGAGUCACAGUGGAUGACAUGGGGUCUAAAAGUCAACAUGGACCCGUGAUUGUGGCGCUCAUCGCGGUUAUUUUCGCCGUUUCCGUUUCCGGUAUCCGGUCAGAGCUGGUCUUGUCGCGUCCCAGCCGUAAAAGUCCAGUGCUGAAGAUGGACGAAGCUUUUCUCACCAUCCUGAACGAGAUUCAGAGUGAUGUGAUCCUCUCUGUACUGUCAGGCCUCUGUUACCAGUGUUUUCCCCAGCCAGUGGGGAUUGUACCCUCAGUCUCAGGGCCGGGGAAUGUUUCAGCAGUGAUCUUCACCGUGAGCACACAACAUGCGCUAACGCUUCAGCUAAACAGCACACCGGCUAACAAUGAGCUCUGCAGAGUAAACUAUCACUUUGGGGAGCAGGGGAACUACUCACUGUGGGUGAAGAACCUGAACAACCCCAACAACAUCAACUGCACCAUUGUCACCAUCACAGAACCCAUCAACAGCUCACUGCCCCUGCUCAUUGCGUUGGUGGUGUGUGGAGCAGUGUGCGCGUUGGCUGCAGUGUGGAGCUCAGCGAUGAGGCUGAACUUUGUCAGGAAUCUUGUCCUGCAUUUAGGAAGCAGCAUGGAGGCUGAGAGACUCAUCAACUCUGAUCUUGGCUCUCCCAGCAGGAUUGUGGAAUCUACUGAAUCUAUCACUCCUCCCACCACCGGGAGACGCCUUCGCUCCCUAGACACAUUCAGAGGGUUUGCUCUGGUGAUUAUGGUGUUUGUGAAUUAUGGAGGAGGACGUUACUGGUUUUUUCGACACGAGAGUUGGAACGGACUCACGGUGGCUGAUCUGGUCUUUCCCUGGUUUGUGUUCAUCAUGGGGACGUCUGUGUCUCUGUCCCUCAGCGGGUCUCUGGCUCGGGGACUGAGACGUUCUCGUCUGUUGAUGAGAAUCUUUUGGAGGAGUUUACUGCUCUUCAUCAUUGGAGUCUUCAUCAUCAACCCCAGUUACUGCAAUGGACCUCUCUCCUGGGACACUCUCCGUAUUCCAGGUGUACUACAGCGGCUGGCGUUCACCUACCUUGUGGUGGCCAUGCUGGAUGUUGUGACGUCUCGGAUUCAACUGGGCGGAUCGUCUACUCAUGCCCGGUGGUUUCCUAUUCAUGACCUGCUACUCUGCUGGCCAGCAUGGGUGUGUGUGUUGAUGCUGGAAACACUGUCUCUGUGUGUGACCUUCCUGCUGACAGUACCGACCUGCCCCAGGGGAUAUCUGGGUCCAGGUGGACUUGGAGAUUUUGGACUUUACCCAAAUUGCACCGGAGGAGCUGCAGGUUACAUCGAUCGCUGGCUGCUGGGAGAAAACCACAUUUACCAAACACCAUCAUCUCGAGUUGUUUACCAGACCACAGUCCCAUAUGAUCCUGAGGGUGUUUUAGGAAGCAUUAACUCUAUCCUCAUGGCUUUCCUUGGCCUUCAGGCAGGAAAGAUUCUCCAGCUCUACAGAGAUCACCCCAGACAGAUAAUGACCCGUUUCCUCAUAUGGAGUUUUGUCCUGGGAAUCAUCUCAGCCAUUCUGACUAAAUGCUCCAGAGAUCACGGCUUCAUUCCUGUCAAUAAGAAUCUCUGGUCUCUCUCGUAUGUGACGACGCUCAGCUGCUUUGCCUUCUUGUUGUUGAUGUUGUGUUAUUACACAGUAGAUGUGAGGAGGUGGUGGAGUGGAGCACCCUUCUUCUACCCAGGUAUGAACUCCAUCCUGGUGUAUGUGGGUCAUGAGGUGUUUGAAGGUUACUUCCCAUUCCGCUGGAAAAUGUGGAACAGCCAAUCACAUGCUGAGCAUCUGACGCAGAACCUGUUGGCCACAUGUGUGUGGGUCCUGAUUUCCUACAUCCUCUACAGGAAGAAGAUCUUCUGGAAAAUCUAACGUCCUACAUCACCACCACCUCACAACAGACCUCAAUCCACCCAACCCCCUAACAAUCCACCCCAAUACCCCUCAGUCCACAUGUGUGUGUACAAGAGAAUUUUGAAGACACUACGUAUUAUAACUUACAGUAUUUCAUAUAUCUAAAGAAAACAGUGGCACUCAUUUUAUUUUUAUUCAGGCAAGAAAUAAGGAAAUUUGAGUCUAAUUCAAAAUUUAAAUCAAGAAACGAAGAACAUUGCAUCCGAUUGCUUGCUGUAUUUUAAAUAAUGCUAAUAAAUAGUUAGGUCCUGAGAGAACCUGCAGAACCCGUCAGAGCCACAUUUAGCCCCAGUAGUAAAACAAAACAAAUAAAAGUUUUUAAACUAGAUGCUCUAUCACUUUCUCCUCAGGGGCAGAGAUGGGGCGGGGCUUAAGUGCACUCUGAUCAGCCAAUCAGAAACUUGACUCAGCUUGCACGUUAGCAUUAAUCUAAUUAACUGAUGUACUUAACAUAUUUUAGCCGAAUGUUAUUUAGCUAGUUCAUUUUGUUAAUGUGAAUAUAUUAUAUAGUGUAAUUAAGAUCAGGAUUGAUCAAAGUAUUGCCUUAAGCUCUGCCCUCACUCUUAUUCUCUCUCAUUAAUUAGCACUGUUCUGGAUCGAUUUUUUCUUUCUGCUACAGUUUCCUCAUUAACACCAAACCUUUCUGUGAUAAAGCAGUUGGAACUGAAUGGAUAAUUAAAUAAUAAACAGACGAUAUACAGAUUAAAGAGGUGAGCAGUGGAGCAUCUCAGCCAGCUGUGUAAAUAAUUUGAGGUUUUAUCUCCUGUUACGCUGUAAAACUGUUUACUCAGCACUUUUAUUGUUCCAGACACUAAAAUAUUAUUUAUUGUCAAAUUGCCUACAGCUUAAAGAGUUUAGUAAAAAAUGCCAAUUUAGACCAAAAUCUCAGUAAAUGUUUCAGGUCUUAAUGAAAGUGUUGGUGUGAAUCCUGGAUUAAUGUACUGUGUUUAUACUUUUACAAAUGGCAACCAGUCUGUUUUUUUGGGGUGGGUUUUAUCUCAUUUUUAUUUGAGUUCUGAAAUAAAAGGUCAUUUUGUGCUGA